AUCAAGGUCGAUUUAUCAGUUCAUAAUAUGCAGCAAGUAAACAAUAUUAUUAUCAUAGACCUUAUUGUUCUGUGACUGGCGCGGACUUUUUUUAUGGUAUAUCUUAAAUCGUGGUGGUGACUACAGACAGUCCGUGUACUGAAAUUACCUAUUAUGUAACAAUAUCUAAAAUCUAAUAUCUAAAUAAACAGCUGACAAAAUCCCGUUACUUUUAUUAAUCGUACAAAAAUAAAUGUAAAAUAUAUGUACAAAAUGUACAAUAUACAAUUAUUUUUUAUCAAUCAAGUGGUUAAUUUUUUUUUUGGUUACUUUUUAGUUUUUCUCAGAAUGAAACGUUUAUGUAAUUUUGUGGAUGUGGACAAAAAUGUGAGCUCACCCGAUUAAAGUACAAAAGAAUAAAGAUUACUUUUACAUUCUACUGUUCUAAAUUACGUUUUUCAAACUGCAUUACCUACUAAGUCUUCAAUUAUCACAUUAUAGUAUUAUACCUAAUAGUUUUCGUUGUCGUAUUUAAAAUUUUCAAAUUCAUAUUCUUUCAACGACGUGGUCUCUCCUCGCAGCCGUAUUCUGCCACAUAGAUUUGAUAUUGUCAUAAAUUCCUUUCCGAGUUUUGACAGCGUUUUUUCCUACGAUCCGAAUUAUUAUUGUAAUGACGUCUAAUGUCAAAACAGAAAAUAAUACUGAACUGGGCACAAGGCCGUCGCAAUUGUUGAAUGUUGUAAUUAACGAUUCUAAUGGUAAUAAAAAAAACCAUACCGUGGCGACAAUUCCAUCAAUGUCAAAGUCAAUGAAACGAGCCCUGGAGUCGGAGACCACAAUAAUUCCUAUUUAUUCAAAAUCCAAUUUCAAGCAAGUCAAGUCAGUAAAUGGACAUUCUGGACGCAAGGGUGUAUUUGCUGUCAACGAUUUUCCAAUAAAACUACCGGCUACACUAUUAGCCGAGUGCACCAUUGAAAUUUCAAAUAAACCUAAUAAAAAUUCCAUGCAUCACAAAGAAAAAAGUUUAACUAUUAGAAACCGUAAUUUAACAAAUUAUCAAAACAAAUUUGCAGUUGAAAAACAGUUAAAAGCUACAGAAAAUGAAGUAUCCGAAGUAGAUAUUCGCGACAUGAUGACAAGCGUUGAAGCUGUUUACUCCGACGAUGAAGACAUUCCAAAACCUGCUGUAGGACCCUGGAAUUUAGAAACACAACGACCAGAAAUUCUUUUUCCAUUUUCAUGUGAAUAUUGUCCAAAUAAAUUCAGCAACCGUGGUGCUCUCUGGCAACAUACUGUUGCUUUUCACACUAUUGAAAAAACAUGUGAAUGUAAUUUAUGUGGACGUAAAUUUUAUCGUAACUGCAGUCUUGCACUACACAUGAAAAGCCACUCAGACGAAUACAACUGUGCAUGCUCUAUUUGUGGUCGAGAAUUCAAUCGAUUUACAUUAUUGCAGAGACAUGCCAAGCUACACUCAGAGGUUGCUCAAUACAAGUGUACAGCUUGCAACAAGUCGUUUGACGAUCUGAACACUUUGCAGUUGCAUGCAGCUGAACAUAAAGACAAAUUGGCAUGUGAACAGUGUGAAGCUGUAUUCACCACUAAAGAAUCAUUGGACAUACACAUGGAGGCUAUGCAUGGUGACCAUCAAGAAGAUGUCAUACAAGUCAGGAUGAAUGGAGGCGAAAAAUCAUACGCUUGUCGUUUUUGUGGUAAAACUUAUGGGGCCAAAGCUAUAGUUAAGAAACAUGAAUUAAUCCACACUGGUGAACGACUGAAGUGCGAAGAAUGUGGUAUUGAGUUUACACAGAAAUCAUCACUAAUGCGACAUACAAAGCGCAUACAUCCAACUGCCAACACAUAAAAGAAACAAAUAAAAUUAGUUCUUUCAAUUCCAAUCGUAAUAACAUAAAAUAUUUUAUACAUAUAAACAUAUAUUUUUAGGUAUAUAAUUUAUAUUACAUAAAAGUUAAAAAAAAUUUAUAUUUAAACAUUAUUUUACGCACAGUUAUAUUCAUAAAUCCACAGUUCGACCAAAUUAUGUUUAUUAGUCAAAUUUAAAACCAGAAUUUUUGUAUAAAGAACUGAAUUAUACUUACUGAACGUAAGCUUCUAGUUUUUUUUGACUAGGAAUUAAAUUUACAUUUAAUGAAUGACUGCAUUAAUAGUAUCCUUAAUAUUAUAGAUAUAAUAUUUAGUUAUAAUACUCGCGUUUACACUAAUUAAAAUUACUUAAGUAAUUUUCUAUAAGACUUGAUAAAACUGCCUGUCCAUGACUAUUGUUACAUUUUGAGGUUAAGUAUAUACACAUUUUUAUAUUAUAUAUAUUUUAUUUUAAGUUUUUCUUUUUAUUUUAUGUGGCCACUCUUGAAUGAAUAUCCAGGGUAAUCCAUCGCUGUGAUAUGUAAAUACAGGUGCUGGAAUUGAGUAGUAUAAAAAAAAUAUGUGAUAUAUACCCAAUUCCAAAAUAUACAUUUACUACAGUCUACAACUUAUGAUUUUUCUUCUGUGAUAAUUCUGAAAACUGAGCUUUUAUUUGUUUUUUUUAUUUAAUAUUAGAAAUAUGAAUUAAGUUUAAGUCAGUGAUAAGGUUCUAGCGUUAGUCAUAAAGUCUGUUAAAUGGUGCAAUUUAUUUCAAACAGUUAUA